AUGCGCUUGUCAUUGUUUCCUCUAUCCGCUAACCCCAAAAAAGAUCUCAACGGCAGCAACGGACCUUCUGGGGAUUCGAAACCCGGUCCUUCUAGCCGGAAUGUUCGCGGUGUCCUCCCCAAGCUGGCUGCAGCAGUGUCCAAUGCUGGGGGUCUGGGAGUCAUUGGAGGCGGCACUUACACGCUAGACCAGCUGCGCAAGGCGUUGGAAGAGCUGAAAGGCUAUUUGGUAGACAAAAACAGCCUGUUUGGCGUUGAUCUGCUCAUACCUCAGGUGGGCGGUAAUGCGCGAAAGUCAAAGUCCACAACCCUAAUGCCCGAUGGGCUGAUUGAGAUCAUCAUCGAGAGUGGCGCCAAACUGUUCGUGUGCGCCGUGGGUAUUCCUCCUGCCCGGGUCGUCAAGCGAUUGCAUGAAGGUGACUUGCUCUGCUCCCGGGGAGGAGAAGGCGGCGGGCAUACGGGGGAUAUUCCCACAGUCAUUCUGAUCCCUGCUGUCGAAAAAGUAAUCGGUAACCAGAAGACUGGGGGCCUCUUCAACGGACAGUCUCUGGCGGCGGCCCUCAUGCUGGGGGCGAGUGCAGUCUGGAUAGGGACCCGAUUUAUUCUCUGCGAUGAGGCUGGGUCGUCUUCCUCGCACCAGCAAGCCGUUCAAGAAGCUGGCCAUGGCGAUAUCAUUCGUACAACGGUCUUCACGGGACGGCCACUGCAUGCCAGAGCAACGCCGUAUCUCCGUCGCUGGGAAGAAAACCGGCGAGAGGAAAAGCUGCAGCUACAGUCUCAAGGCCUCAUUCCUAUGGACCAGGAACGCAAGGCAAAGCCACACGACGAAGAAGAGCUGGACAACGAGCACCCCGUGCUCAUGGGCAAAGUCGCAGCCAUGGUAACGGAGAAGUUACCAGCAAGCCAGAUUGUCCAGGAGAUGGUGAACGAGGCAGCGCACUUGUCGAUGCAGGGCGGCGCCUGGUCCAGCUGUAGAAUCUAG